AUGGACGAAGAUUUAACGGAACGACACAAUGAAGUAGAAAUGAUGGAUGAUGAGGAUGAAAAGAAACGAGUAAAAAAUGCCAAGAAAAAGGUUUACAUACCUGGUAUAAGUCGACCAUUACGUGAGGAUGAAGACUGGGAUUUUGAUCCUAAAGCAUACCGCUUAUAUCACAGUUUUGAAACAAGAUGGCCUUGCCUCAGCUUCGACACGAUUGCUGAUGAUCUUGGUGAUAAUCGUACUGAUUUUCCGAUGAGCUGUUAUUUAGUCGGCGGAACGCAAGCUGAGAAGGCAACUAAUAACGAAUUAAUUGUGAUGAAGUUGUCAAAUUUGAAUCCAAUCGAAGAUGAUGAAACAUCUGGUAGCGAAGAAGAUCUUGAAGAAAGUCCUCGAGACAAAGAACCAAAGCUUCAUGCUAUAGCUAUUCCACAUAUUGGCAUCGUUAAUCGUGUAAAGGUGACUACUCUUGGUCAAAGCAAAGUGUGUGCUGCAUUCAGUAGUCAAGGAAAAGUAACAUUAUGGAAUCUCACUCAAACAGUAGAAGAAAUAUCCAAUGCAGUAGGACGCGACCGCAUUAUGAAACACCCGAAAGAUCGACCUUUCUUUUCAUUCAUUGGUCAUCAAGCUGAGGGAUAUGCCUUGUCAUGGUCACCGCUUAAAAUGGGAAGGCUUGCAUCUGGUGACAUUAAACAUAAAAUACAUUUGUGGACAAUGGCUGAAGGUGGUAAAUGGGUUAUUGAUCAGAAACCUCUUGUCGAACACAAGGAUUCUGUAGAGGAUCUUUGUUGGUCACCAACGGAAGAAGCAAUGCUUGCUUCGUGUUCGGCUGAUCAUAGCAUCAAACUGUGGGAUACGAGGUCUGCGCCGUCAGAUGCUUGCGUUUGCACUAUAAAAAAUGCACACGAGUCACAUGUAAACGUUUUAUCAUGGAACCAAUUUGAACCUCUUAUCAUAAGCGGUGGCGACGACAUGACUUUGAAUGUAUGGUCACUUAAAACUAUGCAGUACAAAGAACCCGUUGCUCGGUUCAAACAACACAAAGCACCAAUCACUUCCGUAGAAUGGUCUCCUCAUGAGACAACAACAUUGAUAGCAUCCGGGGAAGAUAAUCAAGUAACUAUAUGGGAUUUAGCUCUCGAAGCCGAUUCAAACGAAAGUAUUGCUGAAGUGCCACCACAGUUAUUAUUUGUUCAUAUGGGACAAAAGGAAGUGAAAGAGGUACAUUGGCAUAGUCAGAUUCCUGGUUUAGCGGUCACAACGGCACUGUCUGGCUUCAACUUAUUCAAACCAAUAAAUUUAUGA